CCAACUGUUAGGAACAGUUUCGACGCUAUCUGUCAAGCGUAGAAGGUCAGACGCGUGCUUUUGAACGCUGAGGAAGAAAUGUGUUAGUGACUUUAUUCAGUUAGCCAGAGCUGUAUAAACAAGAACUUCUGCUAACACGAAAAACAGCCACUCGUAUAAAAAUGUUGCAUUUAAUUAACUAACGAACUGCAGUCAGAAAGAGCCUGUCGUGUCUGCUGUCUCCUAAGCUAGCUUUCAUUCAAAACAUCACGUCUUCACCUAACUGCCACAAUGUUUAGGAGCCUUGUUAAACUUCAGAGUCACUUUGGAAAUGCCCUUUCUCUCAGUAAAGUGUACCCAAGAAGUCAGCACUCCCUGUUUGCUUUGAAAUACUCCACAGCCGCAGCAGCAGAGAGAAAGAGAUUUUAUCAGGAUGUCAGCAUAUCCCAAGGUGAAGGUGGUCUAUAUGAGAUAAACCUAGACAGAAGGAAACUGAAAACUCCUGGAGGGAAGCUGUUCACUGUGCCAAAUGAAGCCCUGGCCAUUGCCGUGGCAACCGAGUGGGAUGCUCAGCAAGACACACUCAAGUUCUACACUAUGCACCUGACUACACUCUGCAACACAGCUCUGGACAAUCCCACUCAACGUAACAAGGACCAAAUGAUCAGUGCUGCUCUGAAGUUCCUGGAGACUGACACUGUCUGUUACAGAGUAGAUGAGCCCCAUGCUUUGGUUGAGCUACAGAAGAAUGAGUGGGAUCCUGUGCUGCACUGGAUUGAAAACAGAUACAAUGUCACUAUUGGCUCCUCAUCCAGUAUUUUGGGUCCUGAGAUCCCAGAGGCAACCAAAGAAACGUUCCGGCAACACCUGAAUUCUUACAACUUUUGGUCUCUGACAGGGCUUGAGUAUGUGAUCACCCAGCUGAAGUCUGUUGUUCUGGCGAUGGGGAUGAUUGACAGACAUCUGAGCGUGGAACAGGCUGUGCUGCUCUCCAGACUGGAGGAGGAAUACCAGAUUCGACGCUGGGGAAAUGUAGAGUGGGCCCAUGACUAUGACAUGUAUGAGCUGAGGGCAAGGACUGCUGCUGGAGCGCUUUUUGUUCACCUCUCAUCUGAAAGUUCAACUGUCAAACGCAAACUUAUGCAGGACUGAGAAGGAUGAGCUCAAACAUAAAACUCCCAGGGAGCACACAGCACCCCCAAACACCCCCAUUUACCUUUACUUCUACAUCCAUGCAAACACCUCACAGCCUGUUUGUUCAGUUUAGCCGUGACAGCUGCUCUGUCUGUCAUCUGUUAAGCCAUUUUCACAUAUGAACUCUGGAUAAUAUUCACACAUAUAGCACACAACUGGAGAUUGUCUGUGUCAGAUGCUUUCUCACCUACAGGAAAUAACCCAUUUGGUUUAGGUGAGGUGUGGCACCUGGGUAGAGCUUGCAGGAGGCAGGAUAAAAACUUUCUCAACACGCCCAUUUGCUUGCUGUGAUUUUUCCAGACAAUGACCUGUUCUAUUCACACAUCGACUCAAUUGAACAUUACAUGGACUUUGUACAAGUCCAAGGAAGCUGGCAGGAAGCUGGCAGGGUUAAGUCUGUUUAAUGUCCUGUCCAACUGAUUCAGACAUUUGAAUUCCAAAACACAGCUCCUCUGGGUAAUGUCUAGAUAAGUUCACAGUUGCAGUGCGUGUGUGAAAACACUACGACGGUCAUCUCACCCCAGCAGAACACACUGGCUGUAUUUUCUGCAGUGUUUAUAUGUGACAGCUGCCAAGAGUACCACCCCUCACAGAGUUUCCAGUCGGUUCUCAGUCAUCCGUGACAUUUUGGACGCUGGUGGCUUCUGUUGUUGUCUGUUUGAUGGUGGAAUGUUAAUUCCAUGGCUGUUUUUUUUUCUGUGUGCUACAUUUGAAUACUGGAAAGUGCUAUUUCAACAUCAAACUGUCCAUAGUUAAUGCCCUUGCAGUUCGUUCUCAUCCAGUGGUCAUUUUCAUAAACAAAGCUGAAGGUUUUGUUGCUUAUACAGAUUAAAUGUAAUUUAAAAAAUGACAUUUUCUGUGCCCUUUCCACCACUUGUAAGCAAAGUAUGUCAGGAGAGUUUAUUGUGAAUUAAAACCUAAACAAGGCAAAACACUUUUACUCUGUCACAACGAAUUACUGUA